GACCAGGCCCUUUGUCCCCCGCAGCCCCGCCAUGUCCUACGUCUUCGUGAACGACUCGUCGCAGACCAGCGUCCCCCUGCUGCAGGCCUGCAUCGACGGUGACUUCAACUACUCCAAGCGCCUGCUGGAGAGCGGCUUCGACCCCAACAUCCGCGACAGCCGCGGCCGGACGGGGUUGCACCUGGCUGCGGCCCGCGGCAACGUGGACAUCUGCCAGCUGCUGCACAAGUUCGGUGCCGACCUCCUGGCCACGGACUACCAGGGCAACACGGCGCUGCACCUCUGUGGCCAUGUGGACACCAUCCAGUUUUUGGUCUCCAACGGGCUCAAGAUCGACAUUUGCAAUCACCAGGGCGCGACACCCUUAGUCUUGGCAAAGCGCAGGGGUGUGAACAAGGAUGUCAUCCGGCUGCUGGAGUCCUUGGAGGAGCAGGAGGUGAAAGGCUUUAACCGUGGGGGGACCCACUCGAAGCUGGAGACUAUGCAGACUGCUGAGAGUGAAAGUGCCAUGGAGAGCCACUCCCUGCUCAACCCCAACCUGCAGCAGGGCGAGGGCGUCCUAUCCAGCUUCCGUACCACCUGGCAGGAGUUCGUGGAGGACUUGGGCUUCUGGCGGGUGCUGCUCCUCAUCUUCGUCAUCGCGCUGCUGUCCCUCGGCAUCGCCUACUACGUCAGCGGGGUGCUUCCAUUCAUGGAGAACCAGCCCGAGCUGGUACACUGAGAGAGCCUCGGGUGUAGGGGGCUGAGCCUGGAGGCAGGUCUUCCUGUCCCUGCUCAGUGCAGGGCCAUCAGCUGCGUGCCCACUGCCUGCUGGGUUCGGUUUGCGUUUUGUAUUUGUUCCUUCUUGCAUUUGUUUGUACCUUCGACAGACUGUUCUCUGAUCCCACAGCCCAAAGCUACCUCAGAUCCCCCUGAGAUCUUAGGAAAGCUGCCUGCACCUGUUUGAUGAAGAAAAAAAAAAGAGCACUCCAGGAGGAGAAAGGCCUUACUGCCCGCAGACCUUCUCUCACUCUCUCAGACCGACUAGCAGGAUGUGUUCACAGUGGAGAGGUUUUGGGGGCUUGCUCGUUUCUGCCGGUUUUGACAAGAGCCCCUUUUUACUUUGUUAUUUGCAUUAUCUGAGAAGAGAAGACGAAUGAAACAUUCAGCUUAGAACAUAUAGUGCUCUUCAGCUGCCCUAGAGCAAAUCGGUAUUGUUGGGAUCUAUUUGGCUUAAAAUUUUUUGGAAGGGUGAUGUUUGGUCCGGCAGUGCUCUGAUGAUAUGGCUGGCUUUGUGCUCAGUCGCAACCCUGGGUGGUGCUCUGGGGGACAUGCAGUGUAGGGAGUUCAAACCUGGGUUAGCUACAUGCAGUACAAGCCCGUUCCUUCCCCCAUUCCCCCAAUUUCUGCUCUCUCUCUGACCCUGGUUUAAUAUUUUUUAAGUUGCAUAACAAAACAAACAGAAGUUCUGAAAAUGGGCUCUGUUUUCUUUCAAACAAUGAUUGAGCGUAUAUUCAUUUUGUUUUGAAGGGGACUUUGAAUUUUCCCCCCCUUUUCUCGGAAACUGCUUUGCUUGUCUUUGUCAUCUAUGAAAAAGGCACUUGGUGUGGAAGUCUCCUUCUUCACUUCAGAUGGCAUUUCUCCGAAAAUAGUGUUUGCACGUUCCUUCCCUCAUUACUUAGUAGUGGGCAGGUUAAAAACAGUCCUGGCUGUUGUCGUCGUACUUAUUU